CGUAUAUAUACCUCCUCUAAUAAGUUCCUACUAUACAAUUCACUCUCUCCUAGUCUAUAAAGUAAACACAGCGAACAACACAAAGAUCAUCUAAUUAUACUUUUAUAAGAUCUCUCUUUCGUCUUUAUUUGAAUUCUUCUGCGUUUUUUAGAUUCUAGGUCAAAGCUUUUGAUCCAUUCUCUCUCUCUGUGAUCGAAAGGUUUAACCUUUUUAUUUUUUAAUUCGACGAAAAAUCCUCUCCGGCGAUGGUUUUAACGGCGAAGCAAACUUUCUCAACUAAGAUCGGGCUUUUCCGACAAAACCCUUGUUCACUACACCAAAGAUCUCCUCUUUCUCUCUCGUUUCCAUCGACGGAGCUUCCAAAAAUCACCGUUUUAGCCGUCUCGAAGCCGCUUCACCUCUCUUCUCUCAGAGCUAAGUCUCCGUUACUGAGAUGUGAAGCUUAUGAAGCUGACCGAUCAGAGCCUCAGCCGAUCGGUGAUGAUGCGGCGGCGGCGGCGGUGGUAGAGAAAUCGGAGGCGGCUAAGCGUUUGAAGAUCGGGAUUUACUUUGCUACUUGGUGGGCUUUGAACGUUGUGUUCAAUAUCUACAACAAGAAGGUCUUGAACGCUUACCCUUACCCAUGGCUCACCUCUACGCUUUCUCUUGCUGCUGGUUCGUUGAUGAUGCUUAUCUCUUGGGCUGUUGGGAUCGUUGAGACUCCUAAGACUGAUUUCGAUUUCUGGAAAACUCUGUUUCCGGUUGCUGUGGCUCACACAAUUGGUCAUGUGGCUGCAACGGUGAGUAUGUCUAAGGUUGCGGUUUCGUUCACUCACAUCAUCAAGAGUGGUGAACCUGCCUUUAGCGUUCUUGUCUCGAGGUUCCUUUUGGGUGAAACAUUCCCUACUUCGGUGUACCUGUCUCUCAUUCCAAUCAUUGGUGGUUGUGCUCUCUCCGCCCUUACUGAGCUUAACUUCAAUAUGAUUGGAUUCAUGGGAGCUAUGAUUUCGAACUUGGCUUUUGUCUUCCGUAACAUCUUCUCGAAGAAGGGAAUGAAGGGAAAGUCUGUGAGCGGAAUGAACUACUACGCCUGUCUUUCAAUGUUGUCCUUAUUGAUCCUCACUCCCUUUGCAAUUGCGGUUGAAGGACCUCAGAUGUGGGUCGAUGGUUGGCAGACGGCACUCGCUACUGUCGGACCACAGUUUGUCUGGUGGGUGGCCGCGCAGAGUGUGUUCUAUCACCUUUACAACCAAGUCUCUUACAUGUCUUUAGACCAAAUCUCCCCCUUGACAUUUAGUGUUGGUAACACAAUGAAACGUAUAUCUGUCAUUGUCUCCUCCAUCAUUAUCUUCCGCACUCCAGUCCAGCCUGUUAACGCCCUUGGAGCCGCCAUUGCUAUCCUUGGAACCUUCUUGUAUUCCCAGGCAAAGCUCUGAUUCGGAAGACUUAAGAGUGUAAGGGACUGGUGUGUUGAGCUUGUGAUUUCGGUUAAAACCGGGAAAAGAGCUUAGUGUAGAUAUUUGUCCUCAAUAAAGAAAAGAUAUGAUGAGAAAGGACACGAGAAUGUUUAGAGUGUGUUUAGGCAGUUUGAGGUUUUUUUUUUCUUUUUGAAUUUGGGGGAAGUGUGAGAAGAUUGCCUCUUUGUAACUAAAGUGGGAAAUAGAUAUUAUCCCCUUGAGAAUAAGACGACACCUUGAAACUCUCUUUUCAACUAAUAGAGAAAAUAUCAUUAUAGAAAAAAUAGAGAAUAUUAUCUUGAGGUUA